AACACGUAAAUAUUGACUUUCCAUGGUAACGCCUAACCCGGAAGGAGCCGACUCCAAGUCAAGACAAAGCAUUUAAAAGCUGCGUCACAAAGUACCGGAGUCGGUUCGACCACGACGACUUGAAGAAGCGCGUACAAGCAGCAGCCAGCGGUCAAGAUGUCGGUGACGGUGAAGGCUUACCUUCUGGGGAAAGAGGAGUCGGUUCGGGAGAUUCGUCGCUUCCUGGUGCCGCGUUCGGAGGUCCAAAACUUCGAACAUCUGUGCGACAAAACUUGUCAGAUGUUCUCCGGACUUAAGAAGGGUGCUUUCAACAUGUACUAUAAAGACUGCGAAGAAGACCUGGUGGCCUUCUCCUCGGAUGACGAGCUCUCCAUGGGCAUGGCCUGCUUGAAGGAUGACGUCUUCAGGGUUUUCAUCAAAGAGAAGAGGGAGCACCGCCGUGACUUUCCAGUUCACGCCUUUCCACCGGGCGCCUUUGUGGCGGCGGCGGGCCCGCCCCCUCCGCCACCCCACGUGGGCGCUGUGCACGCCAACGUGACGUGCGACGGCUGCGAGGGGCCGGUGGCGGGCGUCCGCUUCAAGUGCAGCGUGUGUCCCGACUACGACCUUUGCUCGGCUUGUCAGGUGCAAGGGAAGCACACCGAGCACCCCCUGCUGCCCAUCUGGCACCCCCUGCAGGCACUGUUCCCACGAGGAAAGCUGCUGAAGAAGAUGCGCCACUGCAGCAAGAACCAGAAGUGUGCCAGAGGUGGCGCCCCCGCUGGCCUCAGCUUCCUGAAGGAUGUGGGAGAGGGAGUGGCGGCCAUGCUGAGCCCGCUCGGCAUCGAUGUGGACAUCGACGUGGAGCACCAGGGCCAGAGGACCAAAGUGAGCAAUCAGGAUCAAGGGGACGUGGAGGUUGCCGGAGCUGAGGGCGACGCUCGGCCCAGAAAGGCUUCAGCCGACACCACCAAAGAGUUUGACGAGGAGUGGACUCAUGUCACGUGCAAGGAAGUGGACCCUUCCAGUGGAGAACUGCAGUCCUUGCUGCAGAACGACAAACUGGACCACGACGAGAAACCGGAUGGGGACCAGAACCCGAAGGGGGACCAGAAUGUCAAGGGGAACCAGAAGCCGGAUGUUCCUGUAGUGGUGCAGAAGGAUACGUCAGGCUUGAAGGUGGCGGCUCUGUACCCUCACCUUCCUCCAGAGGCAGAUCCUCGCUUGGUGGAGUCUCUGAGUCACAUGUUGUCCAUGGGGUUCACCGACGAGGGCGGCUGGCUGACCCGCCUCCUGCAGGCUAAAGAUUUUGACAUCGGUGCCGCCCUGGACGCCAUCCAGUACGCCAAGAAGCCCCGCCACCCCCCGCACUGAUUCCAGCAAUAGGCGUCAUAGCACACGCUUCUUAGCUUCUGCGACAUCAGAUUAAAAGCAGUAAUCAGUACUACUCUAAUCAAAUGAAUUGAUUGAUACUCAAUAAAAACGCUUUGCUCA